CCUCUACUUCCCCCUUUUGUUAAUUAAAACUAAGAAGUGAGAAUGGGAACGAGGUGGCCAGCUCCGGCGGCAAACGCUUAAGGACACCGCGCCAGUUCUUCCCUUCCUUCCUUCCGAGAUGGAAAGAGGAGCUCCUAGCUCACUUAAGCCGGGGUAGGGCUGGUUCUCCUUUCCGAGCCAAAAUCCCAGGCGAUGGUGAAUUAUGAACGUGCCACACCAUGAAGCUCUUGUGGCAGGUAACUGUGCACCACACCUGGAAUGCCGUCCUGCUCCCCGUCAUCUACCUCACGGCGCAAGUGUGGAUUCUGUGUGCAGCCAUCGCUGCUGCCGCCUCCGCCGGGCCCCAGAACUGCCCGUCUGUCUGCUCGUGCAGUAACCAGUUCAGCAAGGUGGUGUGCACCCGCCGGGGCCUCUCCGAGGUCCCUCACGGUAUUCCUUCCAACACCCGGUACCUCAACCUCAUGGAAAACAACAUCCAGAUGAUCCAGGCCGACACCUUCCGCCACCUCCACCACCUGGAGGUCCUGCAGCUGGGCAGGAACUCCAUCCGGCAGAUCGAGGUGGGGGCCUUCAACGGCCUGGCCAGCCUCAACACCCUGGAGCUGUUUGACAACUGGCUGACAGUCAUCCCGAGCGGGGCCUUUGAAUACCUGUCCAAGCUGCGGGAGCUCUGGCUGCGCAACAACCCCAUAGAAAGCAUCCCCUCUUAUGCCUUCAACCGGGUGCCCUCCCUCAUGCGCCUGGACUUGGGGGAGCUCAAGAAGCUAGAGUACAUCUCUGAGGGGGCUUUUGAGGGACUGUUCAACCUCAAGUACCUGAACUUGGGCAUGUGCAACAUUAAAGAUAUGCCCAACCUCACCCCCCUGGUGGGGCUGGAGGAGCUGGAGAUGUCAGGAAACCACUUCCCUGAGAUCAGGCCUGGCUCCUUCCAUGGCCUGAGCUCCCUCAAGAAGCUAUGGGUCAUGAACUCACAGGUCAGCCUGAUUGAGCGGAAUGCUUUUGAUGGGCUGGCCUCCCUGGUGGAACUCAACUUGGCCCACAAUAACCUCUCUUCUUUGCCCCAUGACCUCUUCACCCCACUGAGGUACCUGGUGGAGUUGCACCUACACCACAAUCCUUGGAACUGUGAUUGUGACAUUCUGUGGCUAGCCUGGUGGCUUCGAGAGUACAUACCCACCAAUUCCACCUGCUGUGGCCGCUGUCAUGCUCCCUUGCACAUGCGAGGCCGCUACCUGGUGGAGGUGGACCAGGCCUCCUUCCAGUGCUCUGCCCCCUUCAUCAUGGAUGCACCUCGGGACCUCAAUAUCUCUGAGGGUCGGAUGGCAGAACUUAAGUGUCGGACUCCCCCCAUGUCCUCCGUGAAGUGGCUGCUGCCCAAUGGGACAGUGCUCAGCCACGCCUCCCGCCACCCACGGAUCUCUGUCCUCAACGACGGCACCUUGAACUUCUCCCAUGUGCUGCUCUCAGACACUGGGGUAUACACAUGCAUGGUGACCAACGUGGCGGGCAACUCCAAUGCCUCGGCCUACCUCAACGUGAGCACGGCCGAGCUCAACACCUCCAACUACAGCUUCUUCACCACUGUCACAGUGGAGACCACUGAGAUCUCGCCUGAGGAUACAACGAAGUACAAGCCCGUUCCUACUACGUCCACUGGUUACCAGCCGGCAUAUACCACCUCUACCACGGUGCUCAUUCAGACCACCCGUGUGCCCAAGCAGGUGGCGGUAACCGCGACGGACACCAAUGAUAAGAUGCAGACCAGCCUGGAUGAAGUCAUGAAGACCACCAAGAUCAUCAUUGGCUGCUUUGUGGCAGUGACUCUGCUAGCUGCUGCCAUGUUGAUUGUCUUCUAUAAACUUCGCAAGCGGCACCAGCAGAGGAGUACAGUCACAGCUGCCCGGACUGUUGAGAUUAUCCAGGUGGAUGAAGACAUCCCAGCGGCGGCAUCUGCAGCAGCAACAGCAGCUCCAUCCGGUGUAUCAGGGCUAUCGGGGAUAAAAAGGAACAGCAAAUCCAAACCACUGCCUAGAAGCCACUUUGCAGAAUUCAGGGAAAGACUGUUCUAUUGAAGUGAUUAUCUUCCCUGUUUGGGAGACCUGAGGGAAAGAAAAGGAUUUCUGCGUCCUUUGCCUUCCACUGAUGCAGCCCCGAAGAAACGAUGAUUUCAGUCGUCACUGUGGCCAGUGGGACAGUGAAAGCAUGGCUCGCACUUAAUUGAGGCUUUUUAGCUCCUGUCACAGUGUGGCAACAGGGCACCAGAGCACCAGGAUUUGAACUGUGACGCCGGGUACAAAGCUUCAUUUGAAAAGCAGGAGAGAAGGGAGGAGAGGGAGGGAGAAAAUCAGGGACCUGACAGACAAGCUGCCUGAUUUUUUGCAGCCAAUGGGAGAUAUUAACCAGUCUCUUCAGGCUGGGCCCGUCUUCAAGGGCCAGGAAAGCUGCUCCAGUGGGCUCAUUACUCACAGUUGAAGGACAGCACGAGGCAUAAGCCCCCGGGCGAGAAGCUUGCCCCAAAUCGUGAUUUCUGAUAAGGGUGCGACUGGUGAGGAAGUGGCAGUGGUGUGUUGAGGGACGGUGGGGACCAUCAACUCCCCAAACACAGCUCGCAAUCAAGCGCGUUGCCUGAUGGCGAUUCCGGGUGCUGUGACAACCAAGGCGGGGUGUGUGCGCGUGCGCACGCUCACAUGUGCUCACACAUUCAAGGAAAGAGGGUGGGAGGAGGGGAGUGGGGGGAGGCGGACUGAAGAGCAGAGGAAGGAGGCGCUCAGGGGACCGCAGUGGCCGUAAUGACGCAAAUCAGAAACUGCUAUUUGUGGGGAAGUGACACCGGGGCUGCACCCACCUACUGACGGGCAUGGACACGCAGCGAAGAGUGUCUGAAGGGGCAGAGGCCAGAGACAGGAACGGGUGGAUUCCCUGGCAGAGCGUACAUGAGAAUCAAGCUUCAUUCCAGGGAAAACGGAGCAAUGAGCCGCGCUUCUGCCGCCUCACGCCCUGCACAUCUCUUCCCAAGCCCCAGGCUGCCUGUAGGUUCCCUUUCAUCAUCCUGAAAACUUCCGAUGCUGGCUUGUUUGUGUCUUCUCACUUCCUUCUGCUCCAAGGUCACGCUUUACCGUAUCCCAGCCCCACUCCCCAUCAGGCCAGACUCGUCCAGUAUCACAACCAGAGAGAAAUGCCAUCAGCUGAAGCCUUUUAGACCAUGGACAGCGGCUCCUCUGGGGUGCACGUGGCGGGGAAGCCAUCUCUCUCUCCCACGCGCACAAGCGUGAGCAGUGCUUCUCCUCAAGUGUGCCCCCUUCCACGUCUGCCUAGUAGGACCAGUGCUGGGGUAUAAGAAGCUUGUUACAAGGCAUCUACGUUUAAAAUAAAUGCCAGAGGGCACGUUCUUGUAAGGAAUCUGAGGGGCUCUGAAAAGCUGUAUACCCACGUGGUUGCCUGUUUUAUGUAACUAUUUUUCAGUUUCCACAGUUUGUGUCAUUAAAUAAUUAUUCUCUAAAAUAUAUAUAACAAAACAAGAUGGACAGUCGUGGAUAGGGUUCUUUCUUUCUCAACCCUCCCUCCACAGUCUAGCAAGUGUCUAAAACACAUCUAGCCCAGAUGGAUCCCUCGGGGUCAGAAGGCGAUCAGAUGUCCCCGCACAUGGAACUCUCCGGCUACACAACUGUGGACCUGGGGAGGAAAAGGGAGAAGGCCUUUUCCAUCUCAGGCAGCCAUCUAGGGAGGUGCUGGCUCCUGAAUGGCAAAGAGGACAGCUGUCAGCAAGAGGGUGUGGGAGCGAGGAGGCAAAUUUCACAGCAUAACAGCCAAGAGGAAAACAAAAACAAGAGAAGUGUUUCAUAUGGAGGCUCUCUCUGCUAAUGUCGCUAAACUGGAAAAUUCUAUAUUCUGUAAUUCAUCCACCCUUCGACAGCUGUUCACGCUUAAGUCAGGAGCAAGGUGAAUGCUUUGGAAGGGGAAGGAGGGAUUUCUCCUGGCCAGCCUGGAACCACAAGGAGCUCAAUCGCUAAAUGAUGUGUUUGGCGACCAUAGAAAGGGGGCUCCCUCCUCUAUUAGAAAGCCAAUUUGCAUCCUAUACAGCGAAUGAGAGCACAUUCAAACUGCUGCUGCACAGUGACCCAGGCCAACCCCACAGAAGGAAACCUGCACAGCCACUUCCAGCCCUCAGGGCAGACAGGACAGAGGAGUAUGUGUGGGAGAAUCUGGAGGCACUGAGUUCGGUCUAAGCCACUGAAUUCACCUUGUGUGGACUGGGAGAAGUGGUGUUUAUAAUCUGCUAGGACCCUAAAGAUUCUUCUUUCCCUGUUACCAGCGUUCUGGCUGAGACUCUGUAAUGGAUUAAUCUCUGUAGAUGAGUGAUGCGGUUUAAAAUACUGCAGGGUUUGGCUGCCAUUCCCUCCUGUGGGGUCUCAAAAUAACUCCACACAAAUCAUUUUUGCUAACCACUCACUCAGGCAGCUCUUCCCGGCCAGAACACACGCAUCUUAUGUAACUGAAGGAGCCGCCCAGCUCGCUGAAGGAGGCCGUUCCCAGAGCGCCGCUGCUCGUUGCCCCUUGGGCUCUGCAGAGCCCGGGCUUUGAACCCAGCUCUGUUCCUGGGCCCAAGCUCCCUCAUCAAGAGACCCCCCAGGUGCUCAUCAGGGAAGGGCAUCCAAUUCAGGGCUGCCUUAGAAGUAAGUGCAACCUGGACAUUCCAUGAGCACUUCCAGGUAAAAGACUGACUCUGCUAGAUUUUGGAAAGUAAUGAGUAGGGGAAGGAACACAGCGCCUUUCCUCUGAGAACUCACAGUUCAGUGUGGACGACAGGCACAUGUACGGACAGAACACAAACAUACAGGAGGAGUGGGAGAGGAGAGGUGCUACAGAACACCUCACAAAGCCUCCUCCCAACUUUCAGGCCUUUGUGACGCACACGCUGCCCUUGGCUCGGCUUCCUUGCUAACCCUUCCUCCCGGUGCCCCUCCUAUUUCUCUAAGUCUCCGCGGUCAGAACCUGCACCUUCACAGCUGCGUCCUCCUCUAACCCCCAGUCCCAGGCAAUCACAUUCGUUCCCUGUGCUUCAGGUUCCAUUAUAAGCUGAUGAUGCUCUAAGUUUUCAUCUUUAGUUCUGACCUUUCUACCAAAUUCAUCUGGACCUGCCAAAAUCCACAGGCAUCAAAUGUUCAAGGUCUCAAAGGUGACCUAAUAACCUUCUCCUUGCAAACAUGCUAUUAUUUACAAGCCAGAAAAGCGACCUCUCUUUUCCCAUCCUCUAUUAUCAAACAACCAGCAGAAUUCUAGAUCAGAACCCUCCUAACCAGAUCUGUUCUUUCCUCUUCAUCUUACCCAAACUUCCUGACUGCAGUUUGGAUUCUCCCAAUCUAGUCUUCGUAUUGCGGUAAAAGUAAUCUUUUAAAAAUAGACAAUGCAGUGAAAAAGGAGGGACUUCCACUAUAUCUAAUAACAUGGAUGAAUCUCAGACAAAAGCUGGGUAAAAUAAAGUUCGUAAAAUAAGAUUAUGAUUCCAGGUAUGAUGUCCAAGACAGGCAAAACUCAUCUAUGGCAACAGAAGUCAAAAUACUGGUUAUCUUUGAGGGGAAGGCCAUGAAAGAGCCUGCUGGGAUGCUAGAAAUAUUCUAUACCUCUACAUGGGUAGUGGUUUACUUGGUUACUUGCAGUUAUAUGUGUACUUUUAUAUACAUAAAAUGAAUCAAGCUGUA